AGACAAGUAAAAUUACAAUUAUAUUUCACUACUACAGUACACACCGACACCGACGAACAAUUCGCACCUCUCAUCACUGCUCGAGGCUACUCUUGCUAUCGUGGCUCACCGCCGCAAUCGUCUUCUUGCUUGGAACAAAGCAGAAGCAGAAAUGGCAAGUGGAAUGGUGGGUGGAGGAGCAAACGGGGGAGUGGAGUGGCACCAGAGGCCUCCAAACCCUAAAAACCCCAUCGUCUUCUUCGACAUAACCAUCGGCACCAUCCCCGCCGGUCGUAUUAAGAUGGAGCUUUUCGCCGACAUCGCCCCCAAAACCGCCGAGAACUUCCGCCAGUUCUGUACCGGAGAGUUUAGAAAAGCUGGACUACCUGUUGGAUACAAGGGAUGUCAAUUUCAUAGGAUAAUCAAGGAUUUUAUGAUACAGGCUGGUGAUUUUCUAAAGGGAGAUGGCAGUGGAUGCGUAUCCAUAUAUGGAAGUAAGUUCGAGGAUGAAAAUUUCAUUGCUAAGCAUACUGGACCCGGUCUUUUGUCAAUGGCUAACAGCGGACCAAAUACAAACGGGUGUCAGUUUUUUAUUACUUGUGCCAAGUGUGAUUGGCUCGACAACAAGCACGUGGUAUUCGGGAGAGUUCUUGGUGAUGGUCUUUUGGUGAUGAGGAAGAUUGAGAAUGUGGCCACUGGACCGAACAACCGUCCUAAAUUGCCCUGCAUUAUCGCUGAAUGCGGGGAGAUGUGAUCAUGAAUGCACACGUUUUCGCAUCUAUAUGAAUGAUAAGAAGAUUUAACAAUAUCUAUCAGGUUGAGAUAAUGUGCAAUUCAUGAUUCGCAAAGCCAAAGAAAACAUAAACGUAGUUAUGUAACAUGCUUAGGAGCCUUGUGAACGUUGUAUCCUUUUGGGGUGCUUUGUUCGUAUCUUGGUUUGAGCUAUUGACUUUCGGUAAUUCGCAUAUCUAAACAUCGUCUGGUUGAACCUAGGGCUCGGGACGGGAUGCUAACUGCUAACAUCCCCCUUUGAUGUAUCUUAAACUUAAGUUGUGAUUGCUGAUAAAUUGGUGUGAUUCAUCAUUUUUACUCAAAGUAUUCACUUUUUUAA